UAUGUCCAUGAUAACUGGCGUCAAACCAGCCAUACAUUAAUGAUGAUAUGUACAGUAUUUGUGCAUGCAGAUGUUGUCUAGUUGAAAUGAAUCACCGGUACUAUGUGAAUGAGAAUUGGAGCACUCACACCUGAAGUGGUCUCCCACUUUUACCUGCCCAGUGACAUGGACUGCUAUAGAUAAACUGGAGUUUUCUGUGGAACAAUCCCGAAAAGGAUGGCUGAUGAGAAUAAUGAUGCACUCAUAAUCGGCCUGAGCGUUGGUGUGGUCGGUGCUGUGGCGAUUGUGGUUUUAGUCGUGGUGGCGUACAUUUGUUGUCGAAAAAAAUGCACUUGCUUAGAAGCCAGUAAAUUGCCCACCCAGAAGUCUAAAACAAAGGAAGACUACACGUAUGUUCAAGCAGACCAUGACAUUACGCAGGUACCUUCAGAAAGAGAUGAUGGGAUGGUGGAUAACAUAUUGUAUGAACCCAUGGGUGUACCAAAUUCUACAGGAAUGACGACAAGGACAGGCGGUACAGUUUACGCUGAUGUGCAAAUCGAAUCGAACAAUAUGGGAGGGCAAAAUGGCAGCUACAUUAGACAGGAGACGCCAAGUGUUGUGUAUAGUGAAGUAAGAGUGAAUCCAGAAACUGUAUAUUCGGAAGUGCAACCGAACCCCGACUCUGCAGACACAGUUGCGAAACAAAAUCCUGACUCUGCAUAUAGUGAUGUGACUGUGAAGGCCAAUGUUGAGGCUCCGUACUCUGUUGUGAAUAAGAGUUUUAAAAGGCCACCACUGCCUCCCAAAGCACUUGUGUAAUGACAUUUCAGAAACUGAUGGUGCUGAUGAAAUAUUUGAAGACACUGCUACAGAGUGUAACCUUGCGCUGAAAUCAACUGAACAUCAAAGAGAACAGCGGGUGGGUUGUUGCAUGAAACUGCUUGAUACCUCACCUUCUUUUCACAGGCAUAGAUGUGGGCUUAUCUGUAAACCUAUCUAAGACAUACUGAAGGAAUCUGAUGCCUGUGAAAACAGCGCAAGGACUGAACUGCUUUAUGCUACUGAAAUCUAAUGAUACUGCCUUAUAUGUGUAGUUUUGUACAUUAUUAGAAACACAGAUUGGAUUUUUGUGAUUGAGCAAAUGACAUGGAUGAUUUUGUGAUGGUGAAGAUUGAAAAUGCGUAUGCUUGUCUUGGUUUCAACCAGAAAAGGUGGUGGCAGCACUGCAAUACUGCUGUUGUGUUCCACCCUUCAAGAAUGGUAUCUUGGAAUGCCUUUUCAUAAUGAGAAUUCUGACUUUUUUAUACAAAGUAGCAAUAGGGUUUUAAUCCAAGAUAUUUCAUGGAGACAAUUAAGGAACAUUGUUUAUACCUGUAGUUGAUAAUCAUAAUACAAUAGCUGACAAAAUUAUGUUCUAUGCUUUUCUAUAUACAGUUUUAUGACAAGUAUGAUAA